AUUCUGUGUGUCUGUUUGACAAACAGGCAGGGAAUGAUGCUGAUGCGGCGUGGGCAGGUUAUGCGGUAGUUUAAGAAAUGGCGGUGUUUAUGGAAAAAAAUGUUUUUGUGAAGAUCUAAACCAGUUUUAAUCAUCUUUUAUUAAGGCAAGAUGUUCUUGUACAACUUGACCCUGCAAAGGGGUACUACCAUUUCUCAUGCAAUUCAUGGUAAUUUCUCUGGUUCCAAAAUACAAGAGAUUGUAAUUUCAAGAGGAAAAAUUUUGGAACUGCUUAGACCAGAUCCCAACACUGGAAAAGUGCAUACACUCUUAACUAUAGAGAUCUUUGGUAUCAUUAGAUCUUUGAUGCCCUUUAGAUUAACUGGUGGAACUAAAGACUAUGUAAUAGUAGGUUCAGACUCUGGAAGAUUGGUGAUUCUAGAGUAUAAUCAACAGAAAAAUGUAUUUGAAAAGGUUCAUCAAGAAACUUUUGGAAAAUCAGGAGGUAGGCGUAUUGUCCCAGGCCAGUAUCUGGCUACAGAUUUAAGAGGGAGGGCUGUAAUGAUUGGAGCUAUAGAAAAGCAAAAGUUAGCUUAUAUUUUGAAUAGAGAUGCUCAAGCAAGGUUGACUAUAUCAUCACCACUUGAGGCACAUAAAAGUAACACAUUAGUUUACCAUAUGGUAGGUGUAGAUGUUGGUUAUGAUAACCCAAUUUUUGCUUGUUUAGAAAUAGACUAUGAAGAAGCUGAUAGUGAUCCCACAGGUGAAGCUGCACAAAAAACACAGCAAACGCUAACCUUUUACGAAAUUGAUUUAGUUGUAAACCAUGUGGUAAGAAAAUACUCUGAACCAUUAGAAGAACAUGCUAACUUCUUGGUAACAGUUCCUGGUGGUGAUGAUGGCCCUUCUGGAGUCCUAAUUUGUUCAGAAAACUAUUUGACAUACAAAAACUUGGGAGAACAACAUGAUAUUCGUUGUCCCAUACCUCGUAGAAGAAAUGAUUUAGAUGAUCCUGAAAGAGGAAUGAUAUUUGUUUGUUCAGCAACUCACAAAACAAAAUCUAUGUUCUUUUUCUUGGCUCAAACUGAACAAGGAGAUAUUUUUAAGAUAACAUUGGAGACUGAUGAUGAUAUGGUUACUGAAAUAAAGUUAAAAUAUUUUGAUACAGUUCCUGUAGCCACUGCUAUGUGUGUAUUGAAGACUGGUUUCUUAUUUGUAGCAUCUGAGUUUGGCAACCAUUACCUCUACCAAAUUGCUCAUCUUGGUGAUGAUGAUGAUGAAUUGGAAUUCAGUUCAGCUAUGCCUUUGGAAGAAGGUGACACAUUUUUCUUUGCUCCCAGACCGCUAAGGAAUCUGGUCUUAGUUGAUGAACUUGAAUCACUUUCUCCAAUUCUCUCAUCGAGAGUAGCUGAUUUGGCUGGUGAAGAUACUCCACAGUUGUACAUGUUAUGUGGGCGGGGCCCUAGAUCAUCUAUGAGAGUAUUAAGACAUGGUUUGGAGGUUUCAGAAAUGGCUGUAUCAGAAUUACCUGGUAAUCCGAAUGCUGUAUGGACAGUGAAAAGAAGAAGUGAUGAUGAAUAUGAUGCCUAUAUCAUUGUUUCUUUCGUUAAUGCCACAUUGGUAUUAUCCAUUGGUGAAACGGUGGAAGAAGUAACAGACAGUGGUUUUCUGGGUACUGCACCAACCCUAUGCUGUUCUGCAUUAAGUGACGAUGCUCUAGUACAAGUAUAUCCCGAUGGUAUUAGGCAUAUAUGUGCUGACAAACGUGUAAAUGAAUGGAAAGCUGGUAAAAAGAGCAUUGUGAAGUGUGCUGUUAAUCAAAGGCAAGUAGUUAUUGCCUUGUCAGGAGGAGAAUUAGUAUACUUUGAGAUGGACCAUACUGGUCAAUUGGAUGAGUUCAAAGAACGGAAGCGUAUGAAUUCUGAUGUCCUGUGCAUGGCUCUAGCAAAUGUGCCACCAGGUGAACAAAGAUCUUGGUUUUUAGCUGUCGGUUUAGCUGAUGGAACUGUCAGAAUAAUUUCGUUGGAUCCCAGUGAUCGCUUGGCUCCUAGAGCAAUGCAACCGCUACCAGUGUGCGCUGAGUCCCUUUGUAUAGUAGAAAUGGGUUGUACUGAGAGAGAUCCAGAUAAUGCAGCUGCAGCAAGUACUACAAGCACCCUUUAUUUGAAUAUUGGUUUACAAAAUGGUACUUUGUUGAGAACCGUACUGGAUCCAGUUACUGGAGAUCUUACUGACACUAGGACUAGAUAUUUGGGUUCUAGACCUGUAAAACUAUUUAGAAUAAGAAUGCAGCAAUCUGAAGCAGUAUUAGCUAUGAGCAGUAGAUCUUGGUUAAGUUACUACUACCAAAAUCGCUUUUAUCUCACACCAUUAUCAUAUGAAAGUUUAGAAUAUGCCUCAGGAUUCAGUUCAGAACAGUGUCCAGAAGGUAUCGUCGCCAUUUCUACAAAUACUUUGAGGAUUUUAGCAUUGGAAAAAUUGGGUGCAGUAUUUAAUCAGGUAUCAUUUCCUUUGGAAUACACUCCAAGAAAAUUUCUAAUCCAUCCAGAAUCCAGUAACUUAAUGAUCCUAGAAACUGAACACAAUGCUUACACUGAAGAAACAAAGAAACAACGCCGUUUACAGAUGGCUGAAGAAAUGAGAGAAGCUGCAGGUGAAGAUGAACAAGAGCUUGCCAAAGAAAUGGCUGAAGCAUUUUUGAAUGAAGAUCUACCAGAAAGUAUAUUUUCAGCACCCAAAGCUGGUCAUGGCAUGUGGGCAUCAACGUUAAGAGUUAUGGAUCCUGUACAGGGUACCACUUAUAAUUUAAUCAGAUUGGAACAGAAUGAAGCUGCAAUGUCUUUAGCGUUGCUAAAGUUCCAUGGUCAGCCUGAACAUCAGUGGUUCCUGAUUCUUGGUAUUGCCAAAGACCUUCAAUUGAUACCGAGACAGUGCAGUAUGGGAUAUUUGGACACUUAUAAGGUGGAUACUUCAGGAAAAGAGUUUGAAUUGAUACAUAGGACACUGGUAGAUGAGGUUCCAAAUGCUCUGUGUGGUUAUAAUGGGAGGUUGUUGGUUGGUGUCGGGAAGAUGUUAAGAUUGUAUGACUUGGGAAAAAAGAAAUUGUUGAGAAAAUGUGAAAAUAAACAUAUCCCGAACACCAUCGUCAAUAUUCAAGCGAUAGGCAAAAGGAUUUUUGUUUCCGAUGUUCAAGAAUCUGUUUUUAUGGUCCGUUAUAAGAGAGCAGAAAAUCAAUUGAUAAUAUUUGCAGAUGACACACACCCUCGAUGGAUCACUUGUACUUCAGUUUUGGAUUAUGACACUAUAGCCACCGCGGAUAAGUUUGGCAACAUUGCAAUUCUUCGCUUACCUUCCAAUGUAAGCGACGAUGUCGAGGAAGAUCCUACAGGACACAAAGCCCUUUGGGACAGGGGUCUUCUAAAUGGGGCGUCCCAAAAGGCAGAUACAAUUACUGCUUUCCACAUUGGUGAGACAGUUACUUGGUUGCAGAAAGCUACACUUAUACCUGGAGGACAUGAGUCUUUAAUUUAUACUACAUUAUCUGGAACUGUAGGAGCGUUAGUUCCCUUUACUUCUCAUGAAGAUCACGAGUUCUUCCAACAUUUAGAAAUGCAUAUGAGGAGUGAGAAUCCGCCAUUAUGUGGAAGAGAUCAUUUAUCCUUUAGAAGUUACUAUUUCCCUGUCAAGAACGUCAUCGAUGGAGACAUGUGUGAACAGUAUAACUCUAUGGAACCUACAAAACAGAAGUUCGUGGCUUCAGAAUUGGAUAGAACCCCAGCGGAAGUAUCCAAGAAGCUAGAAGAUAUUAGAACACGUUAUGCUUUCUGAGAGUGUAGUUUUAAGUUAUUUGUGAAUGUGAUUUUUUAUUUAAUGUAAUUUUGUAUAUAUAAACAAUAAUUUUUUUUUAAUUCAA